AAAAUUUGAUGAGGUAUCACUCUUCACAGGAAGGAGGAUGAUGAGAUAUUGGGAUAAUAAUAGAUUUUGCCUAAAGCAAAGGUAACGUUCCAAACAAAAUUCUAGAAAGCAGAGUGCAUCCCACCUCUAAAGAAAGGAAAAUGUCCUAGUUUGGAAGACAAUAAAGGGCGGAUCUCUCUAAACAAGUAACCUAUUACAUAGAAUUCAAGACCUAAUCAUAUCCUCCUAAGCCAUACAAGGUUAUUCUCCUAUUCUAGUCAAUUUGCAACCCCAAAACAUUAUCCUCUGUACCAAACCAGUACAAUCCCUUGGGGUUAUGAAGGGUUUAUUAGACACUGUCAGGUCAGUAGAGGUAACAGAACUAAAUGUCAUGGCAUCAGGGUCAAUUGAGAUGAACAAAAACGUGUUAUCUUCAACUAGCAGCAUAGUUCUUGGAGAGCAAUUACCUAAUGAUAAGAAUAAAACAUCUCGACACCCUCGGUGGACCAGACCAGAAACAUUGGUGCUCAUAGAAGGGAAGAAGAUUGCAGAAGAUAGAAAGGGGUGUGGGACUAGUUCAGUUCUUGGUUGUGCACAAAUUAAACCAAAGUGGGACUUGGUCUCAUCCUAUUCCAAGCAAAAUGGUGUCAACAGAGGACCAGUUCAAUGCAGAAAACGAUGGAGCAAUCUUAUUAGUGAUUUCAAGAAAAUAAGAACAUGGGAGUUACAAGUGAAAGAAAAGAGGGAUUCAUACUGGAUGAUGAUGAAUGACUUAAGGAAGAUGAGGAAGUUACCAGGUUUUUUUGAUAGGGAAAUAUAUGAUGUUUUGAAAGGGAAGGCAUUUAUUGAAGCAAAACAUCAACUUGCAGGCACAGAUGUAAAUACUGGUCAUCAUAUGGAAACUGGAGAGGGAGGGGAUGAGGUGCAAGAUAAUGGGAAGGCUCAACAAGUUCUUGGAAGUGGCCAUCAUAAAAUAGCAGAUAGUGGUAUUCUUUCAGACUUUGAACCAACACCACAAUGGAAUGAGGAUGAUUCUACUGAAGAAGGGAUCACACCAACAAUCACCAUCCCUUCACCAGUGUCAAUCUCAGGUGUUUAAACAUCAUUUACAACUAUGCUAGCUUAGUUGCUUACUUGCUUUCACAAUUCAAUGAAACACACAAUCAACUUGGAGAUGUUUGAAUGGUAGAAAUUUGAGAAACUAGGGAAAAAAUAAAGUUAUGGUAGGCACUCUCUUUCUAGUUUCUAUUUCAGUAUAGUUCAGAUGUUUUCCCCUUGCCUAGUUACAGAUUCAAGACAUAAAUCUAGUGGCAUGAUAUUGCGCCUACUUACUUGCUUCAUUAGUUCAUUACAUGCUUCAAAAUUAUUCCAAAAAUUGGAAACUGACCUUUUCCAGUUUUUGAAGACUUGUAAUUCUUUUGUUCUAAAAUUAUUUUAUUUUACUUUAUUUUUGGUAAGCAGAGAAGAAUUGUCAGCCACUUCGCCAAGCAUGCCCAUAUCCAGGUAAGAUGAAAAACAAGAGCAAUAUUAUUUUUUUAUGCUUCUAAUGGAUGUCAUAUUAGAAAUUAGAAUGCAACAUAAAAUGAUCAACCCUAUUUGAUAGUUACAGUUUAUUUGGAUACUACAGAGUAUCACUUAUUUAUGAUCAUGAAUGAGUAAUUUAGCUAUACUCAAUAGAAUGCUGAAAAGCCAUGUGCAUCUAGGCAAGUGUAAAUGCACACAUCUAGAGAUUG